AUGGUGACCACCAGGAGCAAAGACGGAAACAAUACAGACCCUAUGGAGCAAAUGAGGCGACUUCAGGACCAGUUGGAACGACAGAAUCAACUCAUACUACAACAACAGGAGGCCUAUCUAAAGAUCACAGAGGAACUUAAACAACUCAAGGAGAAACAGCGGGAUGCAACAGAUGACCACAGCCGGAAUGAUGAUGAAGACCAUACGGCACAGAACAGAGGACCUCCUCGCUCACAGGACCUGCUACCUUUCAUGGAGGCUAUCAUGCAUGCUCCUAUGCCCGACCGGCCUCCUCCGCAGAUAGAAAAAUUUGAUGGAACAACCGACCCAGAACAUCACCUCCGAAGCUUCCUGGAUUCAAUGGCCUUUUAUUCCAGCCAUGAUCCGGUCAAAUGCCGAGCGUUUUCCCUAUCCCUGAAGGGAGAAGCUCUUGAAUGGUACUAUGCUCUCCCUCCCAACUCCAUUGAUAGUUUCCGUACGUUUGCCGGGCUGUUGAAGAGGCAAUACGUAUCUAACCGAAAAGAGGCAACUACAGCGGCCGAACUCGUCAAUCUCAGACAGGAGAAAGACGAGCCACUUAGAAAAUUCAUGCACCGAUACACUGAAGUAGCAAGAAGAGUAAAGGGGGUAAGUCAUGAGUUUAUCAUCACUAAUUUACCUAACUGCCUGAAGCCGGGUUACGUCUCAGAAUCACUGUACGCCAAGUUGCCUAAAACCAUGGAGGAGCUGCAAGAAAAAAUGAACAAGUUUAUUAAGAUGGAGGACCAACGGCAUUUUCGCCGGAAAACGGACGCUGCCACAGCCGAGACAAAACAGGAGGGGGGACGAUCACGGGAUAAAAACCGUAAUCACAAACCGCCGCAAAAACCCGCCCCUACUCCUUACAAUCCUCAAUACAACAGGUAUGCCCCUCUUACGGCCUCGAGGGAGAAAGUAUUCGAGAAAGCCCUACAGGCCAAUCUAAUUGCCGCCGCCAGACGGGGGACUCCGGAUGCCGCGGACGGAGCCAAGGUUUGCAGAUAUCAUGGCAACCAGGGGCAUACCACAGAAGAAUGCCGGGCCCUCAAAGACAGAAUUGAAAAGUUGAUUCGGGAAGGACAUUUGCAGGAAUUUGUCCGAACAGACGUGCGCCGGCGAGACCGGUCGCCUAAGGAGACCAGAAGAAGUCCCGAGUAUACCAGAAGAAAUACCGAGCGUUCUCGUGAUCAACAUCGCGAACGCUCUCGCAGUAGACCUCAGAAGCGCGACCCCACUCCGCGGGGACGGAUCGACACCAUAUCAGGCGGUUUUGCGGGAGGAGGGGCCUCGUCCUCAACCCGCAAAAGGCAUGCGAGAAGUUUACGAAGUGUUCACAACAUCGCUCGUAACCCUUUAUCGAUGCCGGACAUCAUCUUCACAGACGAAGAUUUUCAUGCUCCCGACCCAGAUCAGGACGAUCCAAUGGUGAUAACAGCUCGUAUAACAGAGUAUGAUGUAAGUAAGGUUCUGAUAGAUCAAGGCAGCUCCGUCAACAUCCUAUAUUGGACCACCUUCCAAAAGAUGGGACUAUCAGAAGAUAUAAUAGCGCCCUUCGGAGAGCAAAUUGUCGGUUUUGCAGGCGAACGGGUGGAUACUCGAGGAUAUGUAGAUCUCAGAACCCGGUUGGGAACUGGUGACAGGGCCAAAGAACUCCGUACGCGGUACCUGUUGGUAGAAGCCCACACCUCCUAUAACGCCCUCCUAGGACGGCCGUGUCUCAAUGCCUUCGGUGCCAUAGUUUCCACCCCUCACCUGGCGAUGAAGUUUCCUUCGGAAGAAGGAAAGAUAUGUACCGUACGGGUAGAUCAGAAAGUCGCCCGACAGUGUUAUGUGGCUUCUUUAAAAGACAAGACAUAUCGUAGAGAGAAAAGAUCGGAAGCAAUAUUGGUCGAUUUGGAUCCCAGGACCAACACUGAUGAUCGCAUUCAACCCCAAGGGGAAACCAAACAAUUCAUUCUCGGCAAAAACGCCAACCAAACCACCUCCAUCAGCGCCGGCUUGGCGCCAGAGCAAGAGAAGGACCUAACCGCAUUGCUAAAGUCGAACAGCAAACUUUUUGCAUGGACCGCCUCCGACAUGCCGGGAAUUCACCCCAGCGUGAUCACCCACAAACUGUCAAUAUUUCGCGAAGCCCGUCCGGUAACUCAGAAAAAACGACGACUAGGCAAUGACAAAAGGGAAGCNGUGCNGAACGAGGUAGACAAACUGGUGAAGGCCNGAUUUGUCCGNGAAAUCCGAUACANCACCUGGCUCGCAAACGUUGUGAUGGUAAAGAAAGCAAACGGUCAGUGGCGAAUGUGUGUUGACUUCACUGACCUAAACAAAGCCUGUCCGAAGGAUAACUACCCCCUUCCCAGCAUCGACCGGUUAGUNGACGGUGCUUCGGGACACGCAGUCUUGAGCUUCCUCGACGCCUAUUCCGGGUACAACCAAAUCCCCAUGUACGUCCCGGACCAGGAGAAAACAGCUUUCAUAACGGAGCAUGCCAAUUACUGCUACGAGGUGAUGCCGUUCGGUCUGAAAAAUGCCAGCGCAACGUACCAACGGCUCAUGGACAAAAUCUUUCGAGAACAAAUCGGGCGGUGUAUGGAAGUCUAUGUAGAUGACAUGGUGGUCAAAAGCUCUUCACACCAGCAACAUUUGAAAGACCUGGCGGAAGUCUUUCAACAACUCGAACAGUAUGAUCUACGAUUGAACCCUCUAAAGUGCACAUUUGGGGUGCAAGCAGGCAAGUUCCUAGGUUUUUUGUUAACCGACCGAGGAAUAGAGGCCAAUCCUGACAAAUGCCGGGCGAUUUUGGAAAUGCGAAGCCCAACGAAGCUCAAGGAGAUCCAAUGCUUAGUCGGACGCCUUACCGCUUUAUCACGCUUCAUACCAAAGCUCUCCGACCACAUCAAGCCCAUAAUAAAGAAUAUGAAGCUAAACGUACCCCGACGCUGGGACGAUCAGUGUGAAGCUGCCUUCUCCACUAUAAAAAAUAUAUUAACGUCUCCGCCAGUUAUGGCGCGACCAACAGAAGGCUUCGACUUGCAGCUAUAUUUGGCGGCCUCUAACCAUUCGGUAAGUGUCGCCCUCAUUCAAGAAUCUCCAAUUCUUAAACUAAUUUAUUUUGUUAGCAGAACUUUACAGGGAGCAGAAGAGCGAUAUUCCCAGGUGGAGAAAGUAGCUCUCGCUUUAAUUACUACGGCGAGAAGACUCCGACCGUACUUUCAGAGCCACCAAAUCGUUGUCCGAACGAACCACCCCAUAGCAAAAAUUCUCCGCAAGCCGGAUCUCGCAGGUCGAAUGGUGGCCUGGUCCAUUGAAUUGUCAGAAUUUGGCCUCCGGUUCGAACCGCAAGGCUCCAUCAAGGGUAAGCAUCUAGCCGACUUCGCAGCAGAACUCUCACCCGCAAUUGAACCACCCACAUGGACUUUGAGCGUGGACGGUUCCUCGGACAAGAAAGGAGGCGGUGCUGGAAUCGUACUCGAAGGACCGGGCGGUCUACUUCUCGAACAGGCCGUAUCCUUCAACUUUCAACUCAGUAAUAAUCAAGCCGAGUACGAAGCCCUAAUCAGCGGGCUACUUCUGGCGGUAGAAUUGGAGAUCGAGCGUCUGGAAUGCCGAAUGGACUCACAGCUGGUCGUCGGCCACCUCAAUGACACUUUCCAAGUCAAAGAUAAUCAUCUGUUGCGAUACUAUCAUAAGGUUAGUGAUUUGAUCAAAUCAUUCCUCAGUUUCAGCAUUACACAUGUACCCCGAGCACAAAAUUCCCGGGCGGAUUUGUUAUCUAAACUGACGCACAGUCGGAACAAAUCGCAACUAACCUCAGUGAUCCGAACCACGUUGGAUAAACCCUUGCUGGAAACAUGCUCCAUCGAUCUCACCGCCUCAAAGACUGAUUGGCGACACGAAAUUACACAACUGAUGACCCAACAAGAGCAGGGCGGGUUCGUAAGCGCCUCCGACGCUAAACGGAUCGCCCGUUAUACAUUUGUUGGCGACGACCUUUACCGCCGCGGGUAUACUACCCCACUGUUGAAGUGCCUAUCUACAGAUGAAGGGCAAUAUGUUAUCCAAGAGCUACAUCAUGGAAUUUGUGGAACACACUCGGGCAAGAAAUUACUCCGAGCAAAAAUACUACGAGCUGGCUUCUAUUGGCCCACCAUUGACAAAGACUGCGCAGAUUUCGUGCGAAGAUGCAUCUCCUGUCAAGCUCACGGACAAGAUAUCCGGAUCCCUCCAUCAGAAGUCAUGGGAAUUAUUCCCCCAUGGCCCUUUGCUCAGUGGGGGAUGGACAUCGCUGGUCCCUUGCCGGUCGGAAGCGGACAGCGCAAAUAUCUCCUUAUAGCAGUUGACUAUUUCACCAAAUGGAUAGAAGCGGAGGCCCUCGCUACAAUUACCGCCCGGAAAGUGCAGAGUUUCAUUUGGCACUUAAUUUGCAGAUUCGGCAUCCCACAAAAAAUCAUCACAGAUAACGGUCGGCAAUUCAUAGACCGAACGCUAGAAGAUUUCCUCCAAGGGUUUGGCAUCAAACAUGUUACUAGCUCAGUGGAACAUCCCCAAACUAACGGUCAAGCAGAGGCCGCUAACAAAGUCAUCCUUGCAGAAUUGAAGAAACGACUAGGACAAGCGAAAGGUUUAUGGGUUGAAGAGUUACCUGAGGUAUUAUGGGCCUACCGUUGCACACCGCACGGCGCUACUGGUGAAACCCCGUUUAAUCUCACAUAUGGAACGGACGCUAUGUUACCAGUCGAAGUGGGAGAGCCCUCCUUGCGGCGGAAUAUGCAAGAUAUGACCGUCAAUGAUCAACAGUUGCGGAUAAACCUAGACGCCUUGCCCGAACGACGUGAGGCAGCCUUAGUCAAAAAUGCAGCUCAAAAAAGGCUUAUCACUCGGCGUUACAACUCCAAAGUUAAACCACGCAGCUUUGCCGAAGGAGACCUAGUUUGGCGUAAAAGAGGAGACGCUCGGAAAGACAGGACGCACGGGAAACUUGCCGAUAAAUGGGAAGGCCCAUUUCGCAUCACGGACGACUUAAAAAAUGGAGCAUAUCGCCUGGAACAUCUUGAUGGAAUGAACGUUCCCAACACAUGGAAUGCGACUCAUCUUAAAUUUUAUUAUAGUUGA